CAGUGGUCCUAUACAUCAGUGCUAUGGUUAGCAUGUAAACAUUCACUAAUAUGAAUUACACAUGCCAUGCAUGAACAAACAAUGGACACUGACAGACUGAGAUGAGACUCUACACUAUCACAUUACAUCCCCAGGGCCAAUUGUUUGAUCGAGUCAUUACUUUGCAAUAGAAAUCAAACCAACCAUUUUGCUGAUAUGCAAAUCGAGCUCAUUUGCCUAACAAAGACUUUCGCUUGUCGGCAUAUUCUGCUUUUUGAUAUAAACCUCGACUGCUCUGCAGCUGGAGAAGGUGAGCAGUUCAGCAACUGUGGAAAAAUGGGAAAGAUUGUGUUCUACGAGGAGAAGAAUUUCCAGGGCCACAGCCAUGAAUGCAGCAGCGACUGCCCAGACCUGCACUGCUACUUCCGCCGCUGCAACUCCGUCAGGGUGGAGAGUGGGUGCUGGGUCCUGUACGAGCGUCCCCACUACAAGGGCUACCAGUACAUCCUGAACCAAGGAGAGUACCCAGACCACCAGCAGUGGAUGGGCUUCAGUGACAGCAUCAGGUCUUGCCGCUGUAUCAUGAACGUGUAUGGAAAUACCUACAAGAUCAGAAUUUACGAGAGGCCAGAUUUUGGAGGACAGAUGGCUGAGUACCGUGACGACUGCCCCUCAGUCAACGAGGCCCUGAAGUUCCGUGAUUUCAACUCCUGCGUGGUGAUGGAGGGAGCCUGGGCCUUCUACGAGCAGCCAAACUACAGGGGGCGCCAGUACUUCCUGGAGAAAGGGGAAUACCGCAACUACAGAGAUUGGGGUGCCAGCUCUUCUGCUAUCGGUUCCUUCCGCAGGGUCACGGAGUUCUAGAGCACCAUGGUCUUCCUACGUUGGCU